CGUAUAACGUCAACAACCAGAAAAGAGUGCUUUCAAAAUGGUCCUGAGCAAUUCCACGCCAAACAACGUGUAUAAGCAAAGUGAGCUGGUUGUGAACACUGCAGCCAUGAAACAUGAGGAUCUAAGCGAGCUCCUGGAGCUGAACGCGGAAAUUGAGCAGCGCCGUCGCUCCAGCAAGCACGGAGACGGAAGCAACUCCUGUGGCUUGCUUCAAGCUACAAUGACCCGGGAGGAGCUCUUUGAGAUUUCCUCGCUGGACGACGAUCGCUUCCUGACUGCCCUGGAGCACCAAAACUCGUUCCAAACACCGCGUCGAGUUCAAGUCACCGACCUGGACUUGUCCAGUAUCGAGAAUCUGAUGAAGUACUUCGACGAGGAAGUACCUGUAACGCCCACCAAGAUAAAGGGGGGCGCCAUCCCGGUCCCAACAGGAAAAGUGGCCAGCGUGAUCGCUAAGAUGGCCAUCCAGCCGGACACUCCAGCUAAACCAAGCGAAGGUAGUGGCCAGUUGAAGAUCAGCGAGCUCAAGCAAAAGUACGAACAGCAGCUAGAGACUGAGACCCCAUGUUUCCAUGGACCCAGAAAGAAUCCAACCUCUCUGCCCAUGAAAGUGAAGGCGAUGGCUCAGAUGUUCAACACAAAGAUCAGCCAGCUGAUGCGCCGUGCGGAGCCGCACUACGUUCAGCUGCAAAACGAGCAGUCGCCGGAGGCCAAGUCCCAGUACCGUGUAGGGCCGGAGUCCCAUGCCCACGGACACUGUUUGGUGGCCGAGGAAGUGUUCCGCGAGCUGAGUGUCAAGGACAAGGCUCUUCUCUUCAACAAGUUCAUUGAGGACAUGGCAGCCAAGCAUCCCAAGUUCAACGCGCACGCUGCCGAAAUCAAGGCAAAGGUAAAUAAGCAGGUGGCCCGCGGUGAGGUGGUGGCGGAACAGCAAGCUAGCGUCAAGCAACUGGCUCAGGAGCUGGAAGCAAAGUGUGUCCUGGAGCCGGAUUCGCUUUCGCCAAGAAGGGUCUCUCCCGCCCAGACUGAGAACCAAAUGAAACCAUGUACUACUAAGCUCCAUGUAAGCUCACUGACUGUGAUCCUGAAGCCCAGCCCUGAGCGCAGGGCACCGCAGACAUUGUUUCAUCGUGGCCUGGAGUGCCAGAGCGGAGACCCUGAAGUCCCGAAAUCCAACAAACGAAACCUUGCCGCGAUACGCACCAUACUUCCAACUGAAGCCUAUGCGCCGCCCAAGAAGAUUCGCCGCACUCGACAGGAGCGCAACGGAUGCGACAACCAAAUGUUUUUUCAGAACGAGCAGCUCGAGACUCUUUUCUACAACUGGCUCAGCACAGAGAACGGCGUGCAGUUCGACAUUAGUAGUGUAUCUAACGGUAUGCAGCCCAUUGAGAUGGUCAGCGAGGAGGAGCAGCCGAUUCUCGAGCAGAGCAUCGUCGCGGAGAAAGAUAUGAGCCAAAAGUCCGGCGUCGAGUGUCUGCUGGAGGAGGCUAUAGCCAAACUGGAGCUGGAGUCGGAGGCAAAGAAGGAAGCGGAUGACGAGGAAAAGCAGCUGGAGUCGGCUGAGGCCCAGGUAGUCCAAGUCACUCCACGACAGAUCAAGCGCCAGGCUCCGCCAGUGCCCGCCCCACGUCGCAAUGUAGGACAGACUUAUUCCAGUGCCUCCAGCUGCAAGCCUUCCGAGGCCGAAGAGAGCGAGUCCGGCUUGUCUACCUUGCCCAAGAUAACAAGCGACGAGUCUCAGCCCGAGACGCCCACAGCAGAGCUGCAGCUAGGUGACUUUGAAUUCGCUAAGCCCCAGCGUCCACCGCGUAAGAAGAAGAUGCGACGAACCUCCGCAGUCGAGGCCACCGGGAUCACCUCAACGGACUCCGAUUCGGAUUACAAGCCACCAGUUUUAGCACCAGCCAAGAAAAAAGCGGGAGCGGGAGCGGGAGCGGGAGCGGGCUCGGGCUUCCCACUGCCUGAACAAGGGUUCAUGGAGUUGAACAAGUCCCUGAUGCGGCACGUAAACUCGCCGCGAAAGAUCAAGUCAGCGUAUACCCUAACCGUAAUGUCUUCACCCUCGCCAAAUGCGGACAACGAUCAGUCUCCAAGUCGGACUCCGAGGCAAUCCCUGGUACAGACCAUGCGGGACAGCUUCGUAGAUCAGGGCUUCGAGACGUGCUCUAACGAUCCCAUGGACAAUAGUCCGCUGCGCCGAUCGUCAGUGGGCACUGCCGACUCAAAGCCCUCCGGGUUUUCUACACCCGUAAAAGGUCGCCUCGCUUACAGUUCGGCGCAACAGCAACUAUUUAGCCCCAUACUCUGCCAAGAGCGUCCUCGACGCAGUUCUCUGGCCAUGCAGGUGAUUCGCGAAGACCACCCCCUGGACCUCGACGCCACUUGCAGCUCACCGUGCUCUACUGAAAGUGACCGUGAAUUCUUUGCCAAUGCCCCGACAAUCGAGGUUAACAGUACCCAGGAGAAGAUUCAGGAAGAGAUUCCAGCUGGCCAUGCCCAGUCAUUGUUCUGGAUUACAGCAGGGGACUUCACCGUCUCUUUGGAAAUCUUCAAGAACAGCCCGGAGCGCCUUCGACUGCUUUACGAGAUAUUCACCCAAAAAAGCUGGGAGACUCGGGAUCUGGCCUUUGGAAUCGACGAUCACCAGUUCACCCGCGGAGGCACUAGCUCGGAGGCGACAGGACGACAGUCGCUGCCCGAGCGCCCACCCAGUGUAAAGGGCUGCUCCCACUACUGGUUUGCCAGCGGAGACCUCGCUGUGCCCUUCAGCGGGAAACUAAUGUCUGGCGAGAAGAUUGAACGGCUAUUCGCAUUCCUCGGCGGAGAGCAGUCCGAGUUACGUUUCGGCGUGGACCACAUCGAGUUCAGUAGCCGGCCAGAGUUCCUGCCCACCGCCCAGAAGUAUUCGAUUGAGAGCAGCUACAGCAUGCUGGUGGGUCUGCAGACGGGUGCCAGCAACGGCCUGGAAGGGCGCAACAAGUACUCCUGGCCCAACAAUAGCAGCCACGCCAACAAGGCGAUCAAGAUGAGCGAAUUGGAUCGGACGGAAUUCGAGACUGACAGUUUCGGCAACAAUAGCGAAAGGCUGUCUUUUUCGCCAGACUUGUUCUCCCUGGACUACGACACAGUUCCCCUAGAUGAGUUGUUCGCCACAGCCCCCGCAUAUGCAGCCACACCCAAGAUGUUCCUGCCGCAGAUGAUGCAGACGCUGAAACAGCAGCAAGGCAAACUUCGCAGCGUGGAGCAGCGCAUCCGCUCCUACUCUAAGCCCUCUAAUCUGACAGAUGCUUCGUUGGAGCACUGCCGCAACACUCCGCAGUACGUUUACAAGCUGCACGCCAUCAUCCGAGCCAUAGAAGCCAUUGGACGAGAUGAUGGUUUCCGCGGCUGCUCGAUGGAGCAGCUCGAGAGCUUCAUGUAUUUUCUCUGCGAGUAUGCGAGUGUAUGCCUAGCCAAUUGCAGCGAACAUAUCGACAAGAUAAUGGACACUUUGCUGGACCGAAGGGCCGUGGUGGUCUAGCCAACGCAGCCUUCACAUUAUAAUUUCCCAAUUAGCUUACACAAAUUAACAUGUAAUGUUUUUUUUUAUUAAUUAUAAACAAUAAAAUACACACAAAU